UUAAACAAAGGUAUUAUGUGAGAGAGUACGUGUAAAGAAAGCAAAGCAUUCCUUACACCGGUAUAGAGUACGCAUGUCUAUGUUUAUGUCACACACUUGGUAUGGAUUUGGAGGAUUAUCGGGUGAUUAAGGCUCCACCAACUAUAAUUUAUGUACCUAACUUCAUCACAAAGGAAAAUGAAGAAUAUUUAUUAAAAAAUAUAUAUUCUGCGCCAAAACCAAAAUGGACGCAGCUCUCUCAUCGAAGACUGCAAAAUUGGGGAGGUCUUCCACAUCCAAAAGGCAUGGUCAUUGAAUCUUUACCACAGUGGCUCCAACCAAGUAUAAAUGAGUUGGAAAAAUUAAACAUUUUUGAAGACAAGAAACCUAACCAUGUCCUUGUUAAUGAAUACCAAACUGGGCAAGGAAUAAUGCCUCACGAGGAUGGGCCACUGUUUUACCCAACUGUUGCUACCAUCAGCUUAAGCUCACCUAUUCUUUUGGAUUUCUAUCACCAUAUGAACAGCACAACAGAAAAUAAUGCAGAAAAUAAUGAGUCUGAUACAUCUCUGCAAGAAAGACAUUUUCUAAGCCUCCUAUUGGAACCUCGCAGUUUAAUAAUCGUUAAAGAUUCUAUGUACACAAAUCAUCUUCAUGGUAUCUCAGAACGUGCAGAAGAUAUUAUUACCGACAAAAUAAGUAAUCUUGAUAAAUGCUCAGACGUUAAAGUGGGCGAUGUGCUAAGGCGAACUACUCGGUUAUCAUUGACUAUUAGAUAUGUGCCAAAAAUUAUCAAGACUAAAUUUUUCCUGAAGUAACAGUGAAGAACCAUUAGAAGUUCAAUCCUAACAGAACUCAGAUUUGGAUCCUCAAAAUGUUCAGUCAACAUGUACAUUAAAUCAUUAUUUCAAACUAAAUAAGUCUUGUCUUUUCAAUACAUUUUAGCCAUAAAUAAGUGUCAUUACUUAUAAUCAGAUGUGCACUAAACAAGCAUUGAAUGAAAUAUAGUUAUGUACAGUAAUAUUUUACAUGCUUCUGUUCAUUUGAAUAUGGCAAGACAAUAUGCUAUACAAGUUGUCUAAAGAGAAAUAAUUUCUCCUUAUCGAUAAUAUGGAUGACCACUAGACCAUGAAAUGGUGUCCAUGAAUGACCUAUUGAUGUAUUUUCACCCAGUUUGUCUGUAAGGAGAAUUUCUUCUCUUGAGAUAACUUGUGCAGUAUAUUGUCUUUUCAUAUCUGUACACAACUAUACAUAAUUAUUCAUAUCAUUCAUUAUUACUGAUGGAAGCAAUAUUAGUUCAAAAUUAGCAAUCUUUAUACUUACAUGUUGAAAACCUUUCUAAACUGCAACAUUUGGCUUGAGAAAACAUCUCUUGUUGACAUACAGUGUUAAAACAUAGAAGAAUAUGUGCUCCAGUACUAAUUGGUGGAAUUACUGGAUCCAGAUUUCUGCUCGUUAGCUUCUUGAGCUCAUUUCUGUUUAGUUUACUGGUUAAAUGUAACACCAGCGACCUUUCAAUCAUUGUUUAACUGUAUCAACUUGCAGCUGAUGUUUGCUUGGCAUAAGGUGACAUAGAUAUUUGCUGCUGAAGAAGUUAACAAGCAGAAAUCAGGAUCCAGUUAUUCCACUAUUAAUGGUAGGUGACCUUUGCCUGCUGCUGGUAUUUUUCUGUAUUGUUUUAACACUAUAAGUCUAUAAGAAAAGCUUUCUUAAGACAAACACUACAGUUUAGUACAGCUUUCCAUAUAGACACUCUUUAUGUAUGUAUAAGGAUCACUAAUUUAUUUAUGAUAUUGUUUAAGACUCUGAUUCCUACCAUACCAUUGAUUAUUACAGCAUAAUGUGAAACGAAUGUUGUGGUCAGUCUAUAUCUUUUGUUACAGUUUAUAUAAAAUUCUUGUGUUUAGUGUCUAUCAUAUAUGUUUUAAUAAUUAUGAAAUUCAUCAUCUCUUCAAUAAUAAAGGACUUUUAUCUUAGUGAUGAACAUGCUAUCACUGCCAAAUUUUAGCCAAGGUAAACCAACAAUGAAUUUUACAGUGAAAUGUUCAAGCUGAUUUGUAUUCUAAAAUAACAUUCCUUAAUCAAGUAAAUUAUUUUUGCAAAAUUUACGAUAUCUUUCUCAUUAGUUAUGUCAGUCUUAAAUUACUUUUUAACCUGAGGAAAUAAAGUAUUUUGUUUUGAUGUAAAUUAUAUUGUAUAUAAUAAAAUUUCUUUUAAAAAAAAGUUUUGUAUUAAAACUUA